GAUUUCGGGGAAAGAAACACCCGCCUCCUAGGACGCGCAUGCGCAUUGAAGGAAAGCCUGCCGGGAGUUGGUUAUUCAAAAUGGCUGCCGCGAUGGAUGUAGACACACCGAGUGGCACCAACAGCAGCGCCGGCAAGAAGCGUUUCGAAGUGAAGAAGUGGAACGCUGUUGCACUCUGGGCUUGGGACAUUGUGGUUGACAACUGUGCCAUUUGCAGAAACCACAUUAUGGAUUUGUGCAUAGAAUGUCAAGCUAACCAAGCAUCAGCUACCUCUGAAGAAUGCACUGUUGCAUGGGGUGUCUGUAAUCAUGCUUUCCAUUUUCAUUGCAUCUCUCGCUGGCUUAAGACUCGGCAGGUGUGCCCCUUAGACAACCGAGAAUGGGAAUUCCAGAAGUAUGGACACUAGCAGAAGAGAGGAGGCUGCCAAGUUUAUUCUGCACCAAGUUUAUUCUGCAUCUAGUUAAUACCCUUUCACCUUGCGAGUGGAUUGUUCCUGUUCCUGUCGUCUCUUGUUUUAUUUCAUCAUAAUAAAGUUCUGUGAAUAGUAAUGAA